UCAAUUGAAACGCGUGUCCGUUCCUUGCUUCUGGUCGAGCCAUGUUCUUUUCGAUGCGAUAUUUUGGACGCAAAAUUUAAAUUAAUCUAUAAUUUAUUCCUUAGUGUUAAAAAAUGAAAUGUUUUGUUUAUGUAAUAGUGUUUGUAGUGUUAUUAGAAAUUUUAAGUGCACAGGAAGUUAUUGAAGUAGUUGACGCAGUGAUAGGACACACCGCAGAGUUGCCUUGCAACAUUAGCGCUGAAAAUAAAAAUGACAAGUUUACUGUUCUCGCUUGGUAUAAAAAUGAAUCAUCGAAGGCUAUUUACAGCAGUCACGACCAGCGUAGUGGCAAGGGCAGCGUGUCAUCAUCAAGCUCACGAUUCAAGCUAGUUAGGGCAGAGAGCGAGGGUUUGGGAAAACUGCAAAUACUUUCCGUACGACCGGCCGAUGCAGGAAUAUACAUCUGUUCAGCAGAUUUUGCUGCUAGUCCUACACUCAAGACACAUAUAAAAAUGGUUGUCAUAGAACCUCCCCAGCGGCUAUAUGUGGUGUCUGAGAAUGGUACUCGAGUAGAGACGACCAGCGAUGCAGCCAAUACGAGCAGAAACAUUGGCCCAUACUAUAUUGGUGAUACUGUUAAUCUUUUCUGUAUCGCUUACGGAGGUAAACCACAAGCCUCCCUAUCAUGGUGGACAAAGCAACGAUUACUGAAGGACGCGUGGUUGCCGCUGUCGGAGCAGCGAGUGCGCAGCGAUGUGCAGUACGGGCCGCUGGUGCGUGAGGAUCAUGGCCUUGUGCUCACUUGUACCGCCAACAACAACGACCACACGCCGCCACUCGUUAUAGAUAUUAUCAUCAAUAUGUAUUUACCACCAGAGUUGGUCGCACUGCGAGAUCCAUUAGAGAAGGAGUUCGUGGGUGGACGUGUGCGAGCAGGAGAAUCUCUCGGGCUACAAUGUCGGGUGCUAGGAGCGCGCCCUCCUCCGCCGGUAAUAUGGCUACUAGACAACAAACAACUUGCCAACUUGGAACAAAAUGUUACGUCAGAGGCCUCUCAGCGACUGGUGGUAAGCGAGAUACAGUUGACCAUCGACCGGCAGCACGAUGAGUCUACAGUCACAUGUUGCGCACUAGGGUACGAACGCAGAGACCAGAAGUUCGUCUGUGCACAGGACCUGCCGCUUACGGUUUUAUAUCCGCCCGCUUUGGAAAUAUUUGUUGCUGAAGAAAUUCAUAACAAAACAAUAGCUGUAGUAAAAGGGUCUAAUUUGACACUGAAUUGUAGCUAUAAGGCCAAUCCCACUAUAUAUCAACUAACAUGGUUUCAUGAGGAAGACUUAAUACCCGACGAUGGUACAAGUCAGAUAAAGCCUAUGUUGGAGUUAUUCAAUGUAUCAGAGAAGGACGCUGGGGAAUACGUUUGCGCAGGCAGCAAUGAUGAAGGGUCCACCUAUAGCGAAUCCAUUACUGUUGACAUCACAUAUCCUGCAUACUGCGAAGAGGAAACCAUAGCACAAUACGGUGUUCGAGAAAACGAGACUGUAAAUAUAACUUGCAGCGUAAAAUCGAAUCCUGAACCAUCCGCGUUCCGAUGGGUGCUUGUAAACGACAAGGUCGAGGAUGUGAACCAACUGCACCGCCUCCCACAUAAAACAAAUGAAACUGAGGAACCUUAUUUCUCGUAUGAGAGACCUAACGGCAUGCCCUUUACUACAAUAUUCUGUUGGGGUCUCAACAACGUGUCAAAUAAUGGUCUACGUCAUUCGCCUUGUGUCUCAUUAGUGACCGACGAGACUGCGCCCCGUCCACCAACACAGUGCUUCGCUAUAUCAGAUAACAAAGAUAUCACUGUCAUAUGUGACAAAGGACACGAUGGUGGACUACCACAGAAGUUUAAAUUUAUUGUAAAAUCCACGAAUUCAGAGGAUCAGUACUUAUCGAUAACAAGUUUAGAGCCGAAGUUUGUAUUUCAAAAACCCAAAACGGAAGACUAUACAUUUUUAAUAACGGCUUUUAAUGAAAAAGGCGAGAGUACCACAGUCGAAAUCGAUAAAGACAGUAUAAUAAAAGAAAAAAUCGAAAUAAUUCAGGUGAGCACAGUAGCAAAUAUAACGACGCUCGCGCUAGCGUUGUGUGGCGGCGUUGCAUUGGUAGCGUUGGCAGCUUGUGGACUCGUACUCUGUGCCAGGGAACGCGACCGACGUGACGGACCCGUCUUUGGGGAUCCGCCUCUCUGCGCAUAUAAUACUGAAGAAUCUAAUUGCGAGACGUAUCCUGACAGCGACGAUGGCAGCGAAUGUAACAUCAGACGUACCGAGUCAUUUCGAAGAGCCGUCUCUAAAUACCCAUCGAAGAGCUACGAUGUUAGAAGAACUAGCUCGUUUCAUUCUGCACGGUACAUGAACGACAUGGCCGAUGAAGGAAUCAGUAAGUGCAGUGAUGGAAUUCGGCACAGUGCCAACUGUAGGGUGCACUCGCUGCAGAAUAUCAAUAAAAGAAGAGACAUGGAUUCUCUAUGUGACCAUUUGGUGAUGCAUUUACCGACUGAAACUGCGAAUUAUGGUACACCGAGACCCAUGAAUACAUUUUAUACAAUGCCAAGAAAAAUGCGUCAGAAACUAGCUAAAGAACUUAGCGAUGAAACCUCGGAAAUAACCCAAAAUUCUGAUGGUUUCUCUCUGCCCCCGCCACCUGACGAAUUCAGCUCGUACCGUGCGGGCACAAAGAUCAAGGACGUGCCAAGUAAAUCGACGCCAACAUAUACAACUAUAAGGAAGAACUCGACCAAAGAAUCUCCUAGACAGCAGUAUAAUAAUGUGAUUAUAUCGCCUUUGAAUACUGUCGGUUUGCCGACUAUAAGCGGUCAACACACUAGUAUUUAUAGUUACCCAGAUGACCAUCACCAUCAGCAGGACUCGCAGACUACGACUGGAAUCUUAAGCACUUUCAAAGGUUAUUCUAAUCCUAAGGAAUCUGGAUUGUAAGCAUGAUAACUGAAAAAAAUCACUUGUACUGUAAUCGUUUAUAUUUAUUUACAAAAAUAAAAAUCAUGAAUUACAACAUUAUGUUCCUUAGAUGCAAAUUGCUUGUUAACUAUUUUACAUGCACAUGAUCGAUAAAGUAUUGCUAGAAAACUAAAUACGAAUGUAGGAACAUAAAUCCAAGUUUCGAAUAUUGAAAUUAAUCAGUAACUGUCACGAUUAUGAUAACAAAUAACAGGUAUUAAUAAUUUAUUGUGUAAAUUAAUAAUGUUCAAAAAA